GUUUCCAGUGAUGUGGACGAAUAUGGUUUCGAACGACCACACGACUUCGAUUAUGAAACAUACGAAGAUUUUAUGUCCGAGUACCUUAAGGUACUCGCAAAGAUGGCCAAAAAGUGGGCGAAAAUUAUCGGUGAGGGAAAAUCCUUACGAAGCAUUACGAUCAAGAAAUACGUUCGUAAAGGCAUUCCAGGAGAGCAUAGAGGAUUGGUGUGGCUCGCUGUAAGCGGUGGUGAAGAUAUGAAGAAUGCGUCGCCAGAUCUUUAUCAAAAGUUACUAUUAUCUCCUCACAAUGCAGAAACCGCUGAGAUUAUUAAAACUGAUCUUCCAAGAACAUUUCCAGACAAUAUAUUCUUUAAUAAUACAGAGAAUCAGCAGCAUCAAUUAUAUAAUGUUUUAUUAGCUUUUGCUCAUCAGAACAAAACUGUUGGAUAUUGCCAGGGUUUAAACUACAUAGCGGGUUUACUUUUGCUUGUAACAAAAAGCGAAGAAACAGCAUUUUGGUUAUUAAAAGUGUUGAUUGAUAAAAUUCUGCCAGAUUAUUAUACAUGUACUAUGGAUGGCCUACUCAUUGAUAUCGAUGUGCUCGCAGAAUUAGUAAGGAUAAAAAUGCCUGACGUGUAUCAGCAUGUAACAAACGUAGGGCUGCCUUGGCCAGUAAUUACGACUAAAUGGUUUGUGUGUUUGUUUGCUGAAGUUUUACCUAUAGAGACUACUCUACGUAUUUGGGAUUGCCUUUUUUACGAGGGUACCAAGAUUAUCUUCCGUGUCGCAUUGACACUUAUAAAAAGGAAUAAAUCUAAUCUAUUAGCUUGUCAAGAUUUUACAACGCUAGCUGAGUGUUUUAAAGAAAUUACGAAAGAUAGUAUUGUUUUACGAUGUCACGAGUUUAUGCAAAGUAUUUUUAAAGUACCUGGAUCACUGCCUGGAAACACAAUAGCAAAACUAAGAACAAAACACAUGCAACAACGUAUAAAACGAAAACAAGAUAAGUUAGAACGAUAGUAUUAAUGACUAAUGUUUUUCACAUACA